CUCACAAUACACGUGCGAAUGUUAAAAAAAUAGCCAAAAUAUAAACUCGGUGUAUGUUGACUGGUCGACGAAGUGCAGGCGAGUGCAGUGUUUUUAAAUUGAUUCAGUGUGUUUAGACUUCAGUGCUGUGUCAAUAGUGUAUCCCAGUGAUUUGUUCGUUGCCGCUAGACUCGUUCUAUAUAUUAAUAUGAACGUGGUAAUGCAGUACCAAGAAAACAAGCUCUGACCAACAAUGUCAUAACAACAAAACAAAUGAAUUCACAAGAAAAUAAAACGGAUACGUAGUAAAGAAAUGGGUGUACACAGGUGAUAUUCACAGAAAAUGGACACCCACAAACUGCCACUACAUAUUUGCAAUUCAAUAAAACAGUAUAUGGUAAACAUAGAUAUAGUCUCGAAGAUAAUAAAGACACAUUUUAGAAAGAUAAUCGAGCAGAAACGAAGGUUAACCUUGGAAUUGGGUUUGCAAGAGAAACUGAAGAUAGUAAUACUACUUGUAUUGUUGAUGACACAGAACUCAGAUUGCAACGGAUUCGGUGGCAGGAAUUCGAUGCUAAGGACAAGGGUGAUUGGAACUCGGUACGGGAAACUUCAAGGAGUAAUAUUGCCGAUGGAUCAACACAAGUACUUGAAGCCAGUCGAGGCGUAUCUUGGCGUGCCCUAUGCAACACCACCAACGGGGUCAAACAGAUUUGCGCCAACCCGAGCGCCAGCCCCAUGGGAUGACGUCAAAACAGUGGACCAAAUGGGUCCAGUCUGUCCUCAAAGACUGCCAGACAUCUCCAACGAAACAUUGGCAUUGGAGAGGAUGCCAAAAGGAAGACUGGAGUACUUGAGGAGAUUACUUCCUCGUCUGAAGAAUCAAAGUGAAGACUGCUUGUAUAUGAAUAUCUACACUCCUGUGCAAGUCGGACCAACGUUACAAGCGAAGUAUCCAGUGGUGAUCUUCAUUCAUGGAGAGUCCUUUGAGUGGAACUCAGGGAACGUGUAUGACGGUUCCGUCUUAGCCAGCUAUGGUGGUCUCGUCGUCAUAACCAUCAACUAUCGACUUGGUAUUCUAGGUUUCCUAAACGCGAACCCCAUACCGCAUCUAAAAGCCCGAGUAGCAAACUAUGGGUUGAUGGACCAGAUAGCAGCUUUACACUGGGUGCAACAAAAUAUCGCCCUGUUCGGAGGUGACGCUGGUAACGUCACUAUGCUGGGCCAUGGUUCAGGAGCCGCCUGCAUCAAUUUCCUGAUGAUAUCUCCUACUGUUAUGCCAGGCCUAUUUCACCGUUCGAUCCUGCUAUCAGGGUCAGCAUUAAGCUCAUGGGCUCUUGUCGAAGACCCAGUCAGUUUCUCCGUCCAAUUAGCGAAACAGGCUAACUGCACGCUUCCAGAAGACAUUGUAAAAGACCAUGAGCUCAUAGUAGACUGCCUAAGAGAAGUGCCACUUGACGAACUAAUGUCUGCAGAAAUCAGUACACCAAGUUACUUGACAGCAUUCGGUCCAUCAGUGGACGGUGUCGUUGUCAAAACUGAUUAUGCAAAAGAACUCUUAACAUUUUUCAUUCCCAAUGAUCUUCAAGGUUUUUCGAGUGUGUCAGGAGUAAACAACAUGAAGGCUGAUAAAAGAAGUGGAGAAAGGAUGUUUGGGAUAAGGGGAGGUCAGAAUAAGUAUGAUCUCCUCUUCGGAGUCGUCACUAGUGAAGCGCUGUGGAAAUUUUCCGCACAGGAUAUACAAAAUGGGUUCGAAGGCGAACGAAGGGAUAGAAUAAUAAGGACUUACGUCAGAAACGCAUACACAUAUCAUUUGAGCGAAAUAUUCUUCACAAUAGUUAAUGAGUACACCGACUGGGAAAGGACUGUGCAGCACCCCAUAAACACAAGAGAUGCAGCAGUACUAGCAUUAUCAGAUGCUCAAUACGUGGCACCUCUGGUCCAAACUGGAGAUUUCCUCAGUUCACCAGACACAUCACCAAGGACAUUCUUCUACGUGUUCGAUUACCAGACGAAGGAUGGGGAUUAUCCGCAGGUGAGGAGGAUGGGGUCAGUUCACGGUGAAGAGCUCCCAUACUUAUUCGGGGCACCAUUAGUUGAUGGGCUCGGCCAUUUUCCGAGAAACUACACGAAGUCUGAAGUGGCUUUGUCAGAGGCAUUCAUACUUUAUAUGGCUAAUUUUGCGAGGACCGGAAAUCCAAAUGAGGUUCAUCGCCAGGAGUCGGUACUACCAAUAUCAAGAGAGAGGAAUAAGUACAAAAGCAUCCUGUGGGACGAGUAUGACACGUUGUAUCAGAAAUAUUUGGAAAUAGGUAUGAAACCGCGGAUGAAAAACCAUUAUAGGGCCCAUCAGCUGUCCGUGUGGCUUCGGUUGAUCCCCGAAAUCCACCGCGCAGGGAUGAAAGACGUGGUUGCGAAACACAACCUUUUUAGGAACCACAACGAUCCAGAGUUGUACGACGGCCUGGUCAGGCCGGACCCUCUCACACGCGCCAACUAUUUCGAUCCCACAAUGGAGCUAUACCGCAAACCGACCUACAACCUCACAUUAGACAUGCCCUCCACUACGAUGGACACUUACGUCACGACGUGCAUUAGUGUGAUGUCCGCGCGACCAGGGUCCGCCGUCACACAGAGCCAAGUUCCAAACAAUACGCACACACAGGACGUAUCUAAUUUGGAAGUGGCCGGCUAUACUGCUUACUCCACGGCCCUCAGUGUAACUAUAGCCAUUGGAUGCUCUCUUCUAAUUCUAAAUGUCCUUAUUUUCGCCGGCGUGUACUAUCAAAGAGACAAAACAAGACUACAAGUAAAAGCACUUCAGCAGCAACAGAAAAGGAAUCAUAACUCAACGUUCGAUAGCGUAUCGUCGAAGCAUCCCCAUUACUUCGUCGGGCAUUCGCAGAGCUCGAGUACGAUUGUCGACAUCGAUCAUCAGGACAAAAACGCGAUAAUCGCAAUGACAAAUCGAGUUCCCCACUUCACUACAGCGAACUGCCCGAACGUUUGUCACACGGGGAUACAAAUGUCGAAUUUGUCGCAGAAAUCGAGCCCGCCAACAAAUAGGGGACAAUGUACGACUUUGCCGAGGAAAGUGGGGUUCAGUUAUCAGCAAAAUCAGAUAUGUAACGCGUCGAAUUGUAUGACGCUACCGAAGAACGCGACUUUUAUGAGCAGUGCGGGGAAUUUGCCUGACGUACAGGCUCAGACGGGGCAGUCUCAAGGGCCUGGGAACGGGUCUGUGCUGCCCCCUCCCUCUUCGCCGCCCUCUCAACACUUCUCGCAGUCUCGCGUCCCUCAAGCAGCGAUGUCUGAAAUGAAUGUAUGAGACAUGGAAGAUAUUUACAAUUAUGUGUAAUGUGACCAUAAAAACAUUUAGUGUGUGUGUGUCACGGGACAAGCCAUGGUUGUAAAUAUCGAAUGAACACAGUGUACAUACGAUGUUAAAUUAAUGUAAUAUGUAAUACAGGUAAAGUUUUAAGUAUUCAUAGACGUAAUUGUAAUUAUAGGUUUCUGAAUAAAUUGACUUUUUUAAAACGAUAAUCCAAUUUUUCAGAGAUCGAAAUCAAUAAAUCUGUACAUUUUGAACAUUUUUGUUAAUCGUGUAAAUAGCAUUACUGUAAUUUCAUCGCCAUUUUAAAUGGAUGACAGAGGUCAUUUGUAUGAAGAUAAACUCGACAAUCUUGUUAUAAUACGAACUGUAAUUAAAGUUGUACAUACAGAUGAACUACACGAACAUGUCGCCACGGGUCAAUCAGAGCAUGCAGCAGAAUUAACAAACAAAUUGUUACUUCACUUAGUACUGUCAUUGAAAAUGACUAUUAUUGUAAAUAAAUUAGAAUCUUAAAGACUGUAUACUUAAAAUAAGAUACUUUCAGUUCAAAGAGCCAUGUGACACAGAUCAUUAACUUCAUUGUUGCAGAAGAAUUACUUGGGAAUGUUAAAAUGCCGGCGGCAUUAGGAAGUUUUUAGGGCUGCGAAUUAUCUUUAUUUUUCCGUCUAAGUACGUGCUUGGAAGUUUCUAGAACAAAAAAGUAAUUUGUUUCAUUUGCACGAAGAACCUAACCGAGUAUUAAAUUGAGUAUCUAGAAAACGAGAAUUUGUAAAAUAAAAUAAAUACGAGCGAUGAAGAAGCUCUCACAAAUUUCGUUGAUUUAUUUAUUUGUUUUGAGUUGGAAGAUGUUGAAUAAUGUAGUGCGUUAUUUAAAUUAUCUUACAUUUUCGUUUCAAUAUUUUUUUUGAACUGUUUCGUAAUGAUACUCUUGUUGAUAUAUUAUGUGGAUUAGUGUCUUUUUCUUAUUCAUCGGCGAAUAAGUCAUUCAUGAUUGAAGUUUUUUUUAGUUUGUCUUUGAUAAAAUAUUACUUAAAUCGAUUUCAAUAGAUUGGAUCUAAUAGAUAGGAGA